AUGCAAGUGCCGGUUCUCGGCUGCACUUUCCUCACGCUGUCAGAUCAUGAGGAAAGUACUGCCGAGAACCGGCAGUUGUCAGAGCGGGGAUCGGCACCGAUCAUCAGGGCACUGAUGAUCAGUGCCCUGAUGAUCGGUGCCCAGCAGUGCCACCCGCAAGUUCCGCCCACCUGUGCCCAGCAAUCACCCACCUGUGCCCAGCAGUGCACCCACCUGUGCCACUCUGCAGUGUCACACACCUGUGCCCAGAAGUGCCACCUACCUGUGCCCAGCAGUGCCACCCACCUGUGCCCACCCACCUUUGCCCACCAGUGCCACCCACCUGUGCCC